UCUUAUUAGGUUAAUCCUAGCCGCAGAAUUGUAUUGCUUUGGCCGCAACACGUUGUCAGCCAUAUUUAAUAUUUUAAAUUAUUUAUAAUCAAACUUUUUGGUGUGGUGGCGUGUUUUAAGGUGUGGAUGCAUUAUUUUUUUAAAGUGCUGUGCACACAAAAUAUUUUGAAAAUGUUCUAGUGUUAUUUGUGCGAAAAUAAAAUAAAAGCGGCCAAAACAUGAAGCUACCCCGAAUCUUCGAAAGCCACGGCUCCGUACUAACCAAGCCCACCCAUGUGGCCAUGUACCACGAUCGCUACACUGCUGGGGAGACCACUGGAGGGCUCAGUGUGCUGUUCACUGUGUUAUGCAUCAUAGAUUUGUUUGGCGUCUUCCCAGUGGUCGCUUUGCCGAAGAGCAUCAUAUCUUGUGGACUGUACGGAAUACCGUUAGUAUUCGCUGUAGUUGCUCUACAACUAUAUACCGCAGUUUUGCUCGGCAGGAGCUGGAUUCUCGCCCAUGACAUCGCCCCAAAUAUUAGAGAAAAACGUCGGUUUCCUUACGCAGCAGUGGCAGAGCUAGCUUUUGGGAAAGUCUCUCGCAGUAUUGUUACAUUUCUAAUUGACGCGACCGUGUUCAGCGCUGGCGUCCCCAAUUUUAUAUUUGCAUCGCAAAGCAUGCAAUUAUUUUGGUGGAAGAUAACGGACGGUGACGUCCGAAUCACGUAUUGCGUGUGGAUGGUCGUCAUUGGUCUACUGCUGUGUCCCGUCAUGUGGCUUGGAUCACCGAAAGACAUGAAACCAAUAGCAGUAGCAUCAGUGUUCAUAGUGACCACAGUGGCUGUAUCCACUUGGACGUGUAUCAUCACGGACGACACGUCUCCCCCCGCGUCGGGAGACGUGUUGGAGUACCGUCCCAGUACCAGGGACUUCCUUGUGGCGUACGGGAUCAUGGUUUAUCAGUUCGACAUCCACCCCAUGCUGCUAACCCUGCAAGUGGACAUGAAGGACAGUCGCCGCAUCCACACGGCCGUGCUCGGCGGGUUCGCGGUCACCGGCGCCAUGUUCACUGUGACGUCAUUCCUUGCUGCCAAUAGAUAUGGGAAUAAUGUCGAGAAUAAUAUAUUGCAGGGCAUGCCGCCCUCAAUAACCCUAUACAUAGUGGCAUUACUGGUAACCCUGCAGCUCUGCCUCUCCAGUGCGGUCGGUAACUCCGCGCUAUUCCAGCAUAUUGAAGACUUACUGAAAAUACCUAGAGAGUUCUGCUUACGACGCUGCCUAAUCCGCUCCAGUAUUAUAGCAUUAGCAGUAUUCCUCGGUGAAUCGGUGCCGAGAUUCGACCUCGUUAUGGGGUUAAUAGGCUCAACGCUUACAGGCCCAUUAAUGUUCAUAUUCCCGCCGUUAUUUUUCUUAAGACUCUGCUACAAAAAGUCACUUUUGACAAAAAGCGAUUUGUUGCCAGAUGAAAAAAUAAUGCUCAUAGACAAUAAUGGAUUUGGGAAUCAUAACGAGCUGUCAAAACCGCCGCGGUUAUGCGAGUCUAUUAGCACAAAAUAUCACACAUUCAAAACGACUUUAAAACUAAUGGGUACUGAGGAAAUGGAAGAAUAUAAUGUAAAAUGGUAUGAUAUAGUUUUGGCUGUAAUUGUAAUGCUGUUAGGUAUUCUAGCGACUUUAUUAGCUACGUAUUCAAGUUGGUCAGACGCUAUAAUGUCAGCGACGUUUACGACGCCAUGUUUGAUCAACGCAACUGCCGCUGCACGAAGCUUUAUAGAAAGAACUUCAUAAUUGUGAUCUUAUUUUAAGGAAAUGAUUCUCAACAAUUUGUAGCUAAUCGAAGCAAUGAAUUAACUUUAAUAUUAUAAUUGUAAAUAAAACUUGUUUUAACGAAAA